GUAAGUCGCAUUAGGAUAUAAAGCACUGUACAACGGUCAUUGAGCAUUGGUUGCAUUUUUUUAGUCCACUUCAUUUUCAUUGGUUCUGACUGAGCCGUUAUUUUUACAUUUUCUAGAUCGCGGCACAAGAUCCGCGUCAUUCAUCACCCUACGAGUACAUAGACGUGUUCGAAAUAUCAAAUUUCCUUGGCAAACUAGUUACUCAAAACAAAGCAUUCCGAGUAUAUUGACCACAUAUUCUCGACGACAAUCUACAAUAAUAUCUGGUGUGCAAGGCUCGUCUGCUCUUCGCCAUCCCAAUUCAUUCUAUUCAACAGACAAAUCAUUUCUUACAAGCAAAUCAUGAAUGCUAUGGCAAAAACAUCCUCGGAAAACUUAGCCGUCAUUUCCAAGCCACUGAAUGACCCCACUAUUUGUGACAGUGAGCUUGGGUCGGAGGAAAAGAGACAGUGCGAGGACCACGAAAAAGACAAGGUGAUUUCAGCACAGACUCUUGCGGAGAUUCCCGACGGCGGCUACGGCUGGUUUAUUGUGCUUGCGUGCUUCUUGCUCAAUUUCAACACGUGGGGCGCUAAUUCUGGGUUUGCCGUCUACCUUUCCACGUACUUGAAUGAAGACACCUUUGACGGUGCUAGCAAAUACGACUAUGCCCUCAUUGGAGGCAUGACUUUUGGGGUAGGCUUGGUGUUUGCGCCUGUGGUGAACUGGACACAGGGUAAGUUGGGCAUCCAGCUCACGAUCAUACUCGGUAUGUGUUUCCAGUUUGCUGGCUUGAUGUUGGCAUCGUUUUCCAAGAAGUUGUGGCAGCUCUAUUUGACGCAAGGUAUGCUCCAGGCGUUUGGGCUUGCGUUCAUGUCGAUCCCAGCGAUGGCGAUUUUGCCUCAGUGGUUUAAAAAGAAGAGAACGUUUGCGGCCGCAAUCUCUGCAGCUGGCUCGGGGUGUGGAGGUAUUAUGUACAACUUGGCCAUGCAAAAAGUGAUUGAAAUCCAGUCCGUUUCGUGGGCGUUGCGUGCCCAGUCGAUUCUUUGUUUCGGACUCUCGUGGAUCUCCAUUGCGCUUAUACGCACACGAAUGCAAGUCAAGUUUUCGCUUUUCGAUGUUUCCGUGUUGAAGACGGCCGGGUUCUACAUUGCCACGUUUUAUGUGGUCUUCUGUAUGCUUGGAUACGUGGUGGUGCUAUACAACAUGGCCAAUUUCACCACUUCGCUUGGCUAUUCGGAAUACCAAGGCUCCAUUGCCUCAGCUAUGGUGCAGGUCGGGUCCGUGUUGGGCAGGCCUGUUGUGGGCCGGAUCUCCGAUGUAUUUGGCGCCAUCACCGUCACUUGUGCCGCGUACUUUUUAUCGGCUGUCUUUGUCUUUGCACUCUGGGUGCCAGCCAAAAACUACGCUAUGAUCAUCGUGUUCUGUAUCAUCGAGGGCAGUCUCAUGGGCCUGAUCUUUGCCACCAUUGCGCCCAUUUGCGCCAAGCUCUUUGGGUUGAAACGGGUCAACGUGUCUUUGGGCAUGCUCUGGAUUUUCUUGGGGUUCUCAGGCAUAGCUUCGCCUGUCAUUGGGCUUUCGUUGAAGACCGGUGGGACUGGGUACGUCGGGUCGGACCAAUACUUGCAUUGCUCCAUUUUCUCUGGGGCUGCUUUUGUGGCAUGUUUUGCGACGUUGCUUAUCAUGAGAGGAUACGUGAUCCACAGGCAAGAGAUGGUGACACUGGAUGCGGACGAGGGCCACAUGCAUGUUACGGUGCCUUUUCUUGCACCAUUCUACUGUGCUUUGAAGCCGGUGGCAAAGAUCUAAUUCUUUUCAUAUUCUCAAGUCUCUUGUGAGGCAUUUCCCGGAAAUGUUGCGGUUGUGUCUGAUGGCGGCCUGGGCUGCCCACUAUUGAUAUACCUGAAGAUCUUUAUUCGGCACUCCUAAUAUUCUACGUCUCGCUCUUAAUCACAUGUUCGUGCCGUGCACUCGUCUGAUCUUCGCAGAGUUACCUCGAAGACAUCUGGAAAAAACAACCUCAAACUCAGAUUUGUUUGAUCAAUGUAUAUGUAGAACGAAUUUCCACAAAAGGCACACGGCGGAAUCAAGGUGCAAAUGAUACGCGACCGCUGGAUUUCUGAGGUUGGCAAAUUUCUCUUGGAUACCCU